UUCCGCAUUCUUCCUUUUCGCUCGUCGAGCUCAGCAACUAGGGCGCCUCAGCAUGGCGGUGUUCCACUUGUAUUCGGCACUGAACUUGCUAUGGAUCCUGUGCAACAGCGCAUGCAUCAACUUCCUGCAAUUCUGCCUGUGGUGUCUUGUGCGGCCGUUCAACAAGGCGCUUUACCGUCGGCUCAUGGGCUCCAUAGCACAAUCACUCUGGGUAGACGUCACAUCCACAAGCUUCCCACAAACCAAGCUCUCGGUCACAGGCGAGCUACCGUCGGACCCAACUAAGCCCGUGAUCCUCAUCGCGAACCACCAAGUGGACGCUGACUGGUGGUACAUUUGGCAGGCCGCGCGCCACCAACAAGCGGCUGGCAACAUCAAGAUCGUGCUCAAAGACCAACUCAAGUACCUGCCCAUCAUCGGCUGGGGCAUGCGCCUCUUCCAGUUCCUCUUUCUACGGCGCCGCAUCGACCAGGAUGCUGAGCACAUCAAGAAGUACAUGGGCGGCCUCAUCGCUGAUAAAUUCCCCUUCUGGCUCGUGUUAUUUCCCGAGGGAACGACCAUCCACAGUGAAUAUGUGACCAAGUCACAGGCUUUUGCAGCUCGAGAAGGUCGUCCCAAGUUUGAGAGAGUGUUGUUGCCACGUACGACAGGAAUGCAGAUCAUUCUGGACGCUGUGGCAGAGGCCAAACCCGAUAUUUACGACCUCACACUGGCCUUCCCGUCGUAUUCCGGUGAAGUACCGACGUUCGAUAUGGGAUAUGGACGCAAAAUUGAUACUGAAGUCCCGUCGAUGAAGUCGCUGUUGGCUGGGAAACAGCCAGUGGGACGAGUGGCGUUGCAUUCGAGGAAGUUUAAGUACGAGGACGCAGCUACGGACUUGCAGGGAUUCCUGGAUGCACGUUGGAAGGAGAAGGAGGAAAGAAUGAAUUAUUUCAUCGAGCACCAGCACUUCCCGGGAACGGAGAACACAGUGGAGAUGGAUCUAUCGACCUCGUUGGGAGCAGUUUUCCGGCUGUGGUUUGGCAUCACGUUAUCGUGUAUUGUGCUGCCAGUCGUCAUGAUGCUAUUCUUCCCAUUGUAUUUUACCUGGGUCGUCUACUGCUUCGUGUACUCGAUUUACGACCGCACCACGAACUUCUGGUGGCCUUACAUUUUCAAUUUGUUCGUGGAAACUCACGGUCACUUCAAGCGGCAGCAGGCCAAGUAUCUGUGAGGUGGGCAAGAGCGCUCAACUAGCCGCGGAUGCUAAGAAUUCGACAAUAGUGUUUCAAAUUUGGUGUCGGUGCGUGAUACCUACUUGAAAUUUUAAGGCCUCACUCUUUUAUUUUUGAAAGAGUGGAAGCGAAAAUUCAAAGCGUGGCGAUCAUAGCCACACCGAAUUAAUUAAGUGGACGGUUUGUCUGCAUGAAAAAAAUAUUGUUAUUCUUUUGUGCUGGGUCUGGUACGCACACAGUUGGAG